AUGUUGGUGAUGAGGUGGCAAGCUAUCUUCUUCUGUAUAUGUGUCCUCUUCAUUGGCCUGGUUCCAAAACCUGCUUCAUCACAGGGACAUUUCCCGCCAAUGGAGAACAUUGGUGCCUUCAAACCCGUGUCCACCUCGCCGCCUCGUUUUAGCUGUGGGGUUCCGGAUCGGAGCGUCUACUGCCGGACGGCUUCCUCACAAGCCGAGCUUCUGACGUGCCAUCGGGCCUCCUGCAUCCAGGAGUGUCCCUAUAGAGACUCCAUGCCACCUUAUGCCCCACUACUAUUGCCUGCUUACAGGGAUGCUUGCCUCACAGAAGAUGCUAAAGACAUUCAUCCUAUCCUCCGUCAGAGAUCACAGUUGAACCGCUUGACCACAUCGAUGUCAAGCAGGGAUUCCCGUAGUGUUGUGUUUCCUCAAGGCCAGCAGGAAUGUCUGCUGUCUCCUCCCUCUCAGAAGAUGGGAGAUUCGGGAUCCCUCACUCUGGCGUUGUGGAUUAAACCAAGCUCUCUCGGAGAGAUGAUGCUGUUGGAGAAAAGCUCAAGGGACCAGUCAGUCUUUGCAGUGACAGUGUCGGAAAGGGACGUCAGUCUAAAGUACACUCAGUCCACAAGUUCAGAACCUCUGAUUGUCAGCUUUAAAACCGAGGGACGGCUCGUUGUGGAUACGUGGACACACAUUGUUUUACAGGUGCACGACAGACAUGCCAGUUUGUUCCUGAAUGGGCUGGAGGAGGACGGGACACCUUUUGAGACCCAAUCAUUGCCCUUCAGAUUGCAUGACAGCAAUGAGGACAGCACCAUGAGGGUGGGACUCGGCUCCAAAGGGUCCAAUCAGUUCAUGGGGCGGAUGCAGGACUUUAGAUUUUAUCCUGCCACUUUGACCAACAGGGAAAUAGUAGAGAUUUAUUCCGGUGUCCUGCCACAGCUCCAUUCUCAGUCUGAAUGUCGCUGCCCUGCCACUCAUCCCAGAGUGCAUCCCUUAGUAGAAAGAUAUUGUAUCCCCAAUGGCGUUGAAGACACUACCAAUGACAGAGUUUUAAGACUUAACCUGAAUGCACACCCACUGGCUUACAUCAACGACCAAGACAUGGGGACCAUGUGGCGCUCCAAGCUCAUGACUAUGCAGGAAUUGGACGAAGGCUUCACUAUAACUGUGGAUCUAGCAAAUGGACAGUACCAGGUAUUCUAUGUCUUAAUUCAGUUUGCUGGCCCGUUGCCUGAGUCGCUCUUGAUCCAAAGGCAAAGACUCACUGAUCAGCAGAACAGCACCAACGGAGAGCAGCCCUGGUUGGACUGGCAGUAUGUGGCCAAAGACUGCAGUGUAUUUGACAUGCAGAACAAUGGCCCGCUGCUGACACCGGACUCAGUCAACUGUCUACAACUGCCCAGUGAGGAGCACUACUCUGGCGGUAACAUCACAAUCAGCCUGCUGAGCUCAGAACCAAACUCGAGGCCAGGCUAUAAUGAUUUCUACAACACUCCGAGUCUUCAGGAGAUGGUGCAUGCCACUCAGGUGCGGCUACAUCUGGGAGGACAGUACCACACCAGAGCAGCCGGGGUGGACCACCGACACAGACACUAUGCUGUCAAUGAAAUAACAAUCAGUGGCAGAUGUGAGUGUCAUGGCCACGCAGAUCACUGCGAUACCAGCGUAUCACCCUACCGCUGCCUGUGCCUGGCUGAAAGCCACACUGAGGGAAACAAUUGCCAACGUUGCGCAUCCCUCUACAAUGACAAACCCUUCCGGCCCGGUGAUCAACUCCAACCAAUGAACUGUCGGCCUUGUCAGUGCCACGGCCACGCCCACUCCUGUCACUACGAGGUCUGGGCUGAUGAUCAACCAACCGAACGAUAUCUCGGAGGGGGAGGAGUCUGUGACAACUGCAUGCACAAUACUACGGGUAGGAACUGUGAGCUGUGCGUAAGUGGAUUUUUCAGGCUGGAGCAGUCAGAUGCCACUUCAGUCCACGUGUGCCAGCCCUGUGAAUGUCACACUGCUGGAACUGUCAAUGGCAGCACUGAGUGUUUCCAGCUCGGAGGCCAGUGUCAGUGCAAGGCCGCUGUAGAGGGACGGCGCUGUGCGGAUUGCUCACCUGGCUGGUAUGGUCUUCAAGCUUCCAAUCCAGAGGGCUGCACUCGCUGUAACUGCAGUGGCAUAGGGACCGUCAUCUCCUCCACGGGAAGGGUUGCCAGCUGCAACCGGCAUACAGGACAGUGUCGGUGCAAACUCCAUGUGACAGGUCUGUCUUGCGACCGUUGUGAAUUUGGUUUUUGGAACCUGUCCCAUGCAGACGGCUGCGUUCCGUGUAAUUGUGACCCCAUGGGUUCCCUCAGCCCAUUCUGUGAGCCUGAGGGGGGCCAAUGUGAGUGUAAGCCCGGGGUGGGAGGUCAGCGCUGUGAUUCAUGUGGUCCUGGUUUGACUGGUUUGAGGCUGGAGGGAACAUGCACCCCCUGCAACUGCUCAAAAGAAGGAACGCUACCUGGGACGGAUUGUGAUCCUCACACAGGCCAAUGCGUGUGCAAGGAACAUGUGGAAGGCCAUCUUUGUGACACUUGUCGUCAAGGUUACCACACCAUGGAACGGCGAAAUUCUCUGGGCUGUCUGCCGUGUGCGUGCGACAUCAACGGCACCGCGCCGGAGGGAGUAUGUGAUAUGCGGACUGGCCAGUGCCCAUGCAGGGAGGGGGUCGAGGGCAUGCAGUGCACCAACUGUGCCCCCAACUACUUUAACACAAGUUUAGAUAUCCAGAAUGGCUCAGUCCAGGGUUGUGCUCCUUGCACAUGUGACCCAAGAGGAACAGUGACUGGCUCAGUGUGUGAUAGCUCGACAGGACAGUGCAUGUGCAAGCCAACACGCUAUGGGAAAGACUGCAGCGCAUGCCGACCAGGUUUCUACCUUUCUCCAGGUCAGAGUAUGUGUGUGGAGUGUGACUGCCAUCCCAUGGGGGCAGUACAACGCAAGUGUGAACGCCAAACUGGCCAGUGUAUGUGUGCCCAUCCCUCGGUGGGAGGGCGGCGUUGUGAUCGCUGUCAGGAGACCUUCUUUGGUUUCAACCCUGGUCUAGGAAGAUGCCAACCAUGUGCUUGUGACCCGGUGGGCAGUGUCAAUGGCUCCUGUGAUUUAGAUUUAGGACUGUGUCAGUGUAAGCUGCUGGUUACUGGGGCCAAAUGUGAUGAGUGUCAACACGGAGCAAGCCUUUUACGUGCAGAGAACAUCUAUGGCUGUAGUAAAGCCCCAUCACAGCAACCUGCCCCUGUAGCUUUUGCUCUCAGCUUUUCUUCCAUUAAUUUGACUUGGCAUCAGCCUGACUCCCCAAACUCCAACAUCCUCAACUACACUCUCAUAAGAGACAGGCAGCCCGUGCACAGCAUACAGCGUCGCUAUCCUUUCAGUGCUGAAUCAUUCACAGACGUCAACUUGUCUCCUUAUACCAACUAUUCCUACUGGCUAAUUACGGCUAACGUAGCCGGUGAGACAGUUAGCGCCACUUCUUACUACCAAACUUUGGCCGCACCGCCUAAAUUGGACCAGCUGAAUUUCAAUCUUGUGGGAAGACCCGGCCCUACCAGUGCCAGCUUUAGCUGGAGCUCUCCACUGAAUAACACCGGCCCAGUGGAGAGGUUUGUGUUGUCGUCAACAGAAUCAUCUAGUGGAGCCGAGCCUGUCAUCCACUACACAGGUUUAUUGACUGAGGCAGUGGCAAGUGGCCUAAAAGCCUUCACCCAGUACACUGUCACUUUGGAGGCGUGUUCAUCUGGAGGCUGCACUUCCACUUCACCCUUGUCACUGCUGACAGCUGCUGCACCCCCACAAAACCAAUCGCCACCCAAGGUCACUGCCACUGGACCUCACUCCCUGUUUGCUUCAUGGGAGCCACCCGUUCAGCCAAACGGAGUUAUCACAAGGUACGAGCUGUUUUUACGGGGGCCGGCGGAGUCUCACAGCCUGUCAACUCUGACUGGUGAAAAGAGGAUCUUUGUCAGCACCGGGUGGCUGGAUCCAAGCGCCACCCCAUUCCAAGCACAGCUCGUCAACGGGAGCAGCGCUUUGCCCCCUGAGAGCAGCACCGUUGUGGCCGGCCUGCAAGCCUUCUCCACCUAUCAGAUGAGAGUCGCUAGCGUCAAUAUGGCAGGAAGUGUCACAUCAGGGUGGAGCACCGCACGCACAACGGAGGGAGUUCCAGAGUUGAUGGCUCCUCCGGAUGUGACUGCGCUCUCCUCCACCAGUCUUAAAGUCACAUGGAAUACUUCUGAAGGUCAUGGGGUCAUUGCCAGAGGGCAGGUGAUAGAAUAUCAUGUCAAUAUGCUGACGGAACAGACCAACAGCACUUAUGCUCCUCCAGUUGUCAGCCAGGUCCUGCAGCGGUUUGGAGCCUCUGCCCAGCCCCUUUACAUAGCAAAAGGAUUGAAGCCUUACCAUCUGUACAACUUUACUGUGACACUCUGCACAAAGAAAGGCUGCAUUACUAGUCUUGCAAGAUCUGGACAGACACAUCCAGCAGCUCCAACAGGAUUGUCUGCACCUCGACUAUUCUCAGUCAACGAAAGUACCAUUGAGAUAGACUGGAAUGUCCCAGCUCAACUCAAUGGACCACCCCCUAUGUACCAGGUGGAGAGGACAGACGUGUCUCUUUCUAACCCUCAAGGUCCUUUCAUCAGAGGCACCAGGUUCUCUGGCAGUGGUUACUACCAGUUUCCUAGUGACACCUUGCCUGUGAACACCGAUUUCACUGGUGUUGAGUUGAGUUUCAAGACUCACUCUCCAGAUGGCUUGCUGCUCUGUGCCCUGUCUCCUGGACGUCAGGAAGAAUUUCUGGCUAUUCAGAUUCAAAAUGGACACCCCUACUUUUUGUUUGACCCUCAGGGCUCAGUCGUGGCUGUGAGCGCACAAGGGGACGGAGAACGCCGCUACAACGAUGGAAAAUGGCACCACAUCAUUGCAACAAGGCGAGGGGCCGUGGGAACAAUCGUUGUGAACAAUCAAUACAGAGGUAGUUCCUCAGCAUCCAGUGGCAGCAAGAUAAUUGGUGAGAAUACAGGAGUUUUCGUUGGAGGCCUGCCAAAAGAGUUUGCUCUGCAGCGAAAAGAUUCAGGGUCUGCCCAGCUGAUACGACAGGGUUUCUCUGGUUGCCUGAGAGACCUGCGUUUCAAGAUGACUGACAGCCCCUCGGAGCAGUGGAGAUCUCUGGACUGGACAAAAGCCACAAAUAAAAUGUCAGCCUAUGAAAGCUGGGAGGGAUGCCCCAUUCAUACUGUGGAGGGAGCCCAUUUUCUGGGUCAUGGUUACCUGGAGUUAAAUAGAGAUGUGUUUAGUGGAGGAAAGGACUUUGACAUUUCAAUGGAGUUCAGAACAGAUCAACUGAAUGCACUUUUGCUCUUUACAUACAACACAAAGAGAGAUGACUAUAUGCUGGUGGAGCUGAAGAGCGGUCUCCUGUCAUUCCUUCUUUCCACCGGAGGUCACGUGACCGAGCUUAGCAUGUGGGCGGGGCUUAGCUACUGCGAUGGAGACUGGAAGCAGCUUUCCUUGGCGAAACACAGCUCGCUCAUCUCUGCUGUUGUCGAUGACUGGGCAGAGGAGACGAGGGAAGCGGGAACGGCGGGGAGGCUUCAGGUUGACUCACCGUUAUACGUGGGUGGGGUGCCCCCUCAACUCAAACACAGGGCUCUGGACAUCCACAGUCACAGACAUGGCUUUGGAGGUUGCAUAAGAGGCCUCACCAUUCAAAGUGAUAAAACAAGCCCUCCUGUCAGUCAAAGUGUUAAUCUCUCCGUAGCCUCGGGACGCUCCGUUAGAAUCUACCUCGACGGGUGUCCUAACAGUGAAAGUCGUUACAACUGCAGGGGGAAUGAUUCAGUGUUGGCCUUCACUGGUAGAGAGACACACGCCUUUGAUUACAGUCUGCAGCCAUUCACUGAAUACUUAUACAGGAUCAUAGCUCUGGGCGCAGGAGGCUGGACAGCCUCGCCUUGGCAAAGAGGACGCAGCUGCGGCAAAGUACCAAGCUUCAUUCCACCUCCUUCUGCUAUGCAGUGUCUGAAUGGUUUCAGUGCCAAGGUGAGCUGGGCUCCACCCAUUGGUGAUGUCAGAGGUGUGAUUGACAGGUAUGAGUUGCGAGCCUACCAAAGAGAUCAGCCAGAGAUGCCGCCGAUCAAAACCGUACACCUGGCUAAUGGAAACUUCACAGGCAUGUUGUCCGGUCUCACUCCGGCCACUCAAUACGUGGUCACUGUAAGUGCUUGUUUUACGUCUGGCUGCACAGAGAGUCUUGGCAAUGAGCACUCCGAUGUUACUGAUUUGAGAUCAGUCCUCAAAACUCCAGAGGAAGCUCCUGAUGCUGUUUUUGCUCCAAAUGCACUCUCCUCGCCCUCAGCUCUUUUUGUGACCUGGAAACCUCCCGCAAGGCCCAAUGGUGUCAUCACAAGGUACCGCCUCUAUCAGAAUAACCAAAUGGUCUACAGCGGGGAGGAGGGACACCACAACAUUACCGGGCUUGGCGUCUAUACUGCUCACGUACUGCUGCUGUCUGCAUGCACUGCUGUGGGAUGCACCAACAGUUCAAAGGUCACAGUGUUGACCUCUCAGCUUCCUCCCGGCCCGCUACGAGCGCCAACUCUGACCUUGCUCGACUCGCGGACCAUUCUGGUGGAGUGGUCUCGCCCCUCUCAGGUCAAUGGUGCUCUGGAGUUCUAUUCCAUCUUGGUGUCACAGAAUGGGGCGGAGCCUACCAUAGUCCACAACAGUUCUGAACUUAUUGAAGAGCACACGCUCCGCGACCUCACCCCUGGCACGGCCUACACCAUCACAGUGGCCGCUUGCACAGGCGGUGGCUGCACACGAAGCCCUUCCGCUCAGGCUGUCACUGAGGAAAGCACCCCGGAGAAUGUCCCGGCACCACUGGUCACCCCUUUGUCCCCGCAUGCUCUGCACAUCAGGUGGACACCUCCUGAUACUCCAAAUGGCAUCAUAACCAGCUACAGCCUUUGGAUGGACAGUGUUCUUAUAUUCAACGCCAGUUCCUCCCAGAGUUUCUUUGAGGUGACGGAGCUUUCCCCGUGGAGCAGACACGUCCUGAGGCUGCAGGCGUGCACGGCUCGUGGCUGUGGCAAGGGACCAAUGGUGGAAGUACGCACAUUAGAGAUGGCCCCCGAAGGCCCAAUACUGCUAGAAUUGACCAAUCACAGCUCUCGGUCACUACGAGCCCGCUGGACUGCACCACCUCGACCUAAUGGCUACAUGAGCUACUCCCUACACCAAAGAAGUCAAGAUGGCGACGCGGCGCUGGACGCGGGCACGGCUGCCGGCGGGUGGCUGACUUUGACGGACCUGCAGCCGUACACCGACUACAGUUUCUGGGUGGAAGGUUGCAACACGCAGGGGUGUGUUGAGAGCCCGACCCUUCACGUGACUACGUCUCCAGCAGCUCCAGACGGAUUGUCUGCCUUGAGACUCAGUCAUUCUACCAGCACCAGUCUAAAUGUGUCUUGGUCCGAACCAACCCGCGCCAACGCCCCGGGCCCUCUUCGCUACGGCCUUCAAAUGAGGACAUCACCCCAGAAAGCUAUGAUAAGGCUCCUGGAAAACAUGACAGAUACGUUCUCUUACAACGUGCCGGGCCUUUCUCCGUAUACUGAGUAUCAAUUCCGACUUGUGGUGUCGCACACACAUGGACAGACUGCAGGCGUUUGGGAAACCCUCCGAACAGCAGAGGACCUUAAUGUUUCAGGGAACACCACAAGCUACACUUUCCUUCACCUCCUGCCAUACCAGUCCUACCACCUUCAGAUGGAAGCCUGCACCAGUGUCGGUUGCGCCGUGUCCAAAGCUCUGCACUUUCGAACCUUGCCAGCUCCUCCUGAAGGCCUCCCGGCACCUCACCUUUAUUCUGACACCCCUACCUCGGUGCUUCUGUCCUGGGGUGCACCACAAAACCCCAACGGACUUUUGGAGCGGUGGCUAAUUGAACGGAAAGUUUCUGGGACGGAACAGAUCUCCACAGUAGGCCAUCUUCCUCCAGACCCUCUUCCUCUUUCCUUUCUGGACUCCUCAUCAGCACUUAGUCCAUGGACAAGUUAUCACUAUAGACUUGUUCUCCAAAAUCAGGCUGGCACUUCCACAGGACCUUGGGUGGGUAUCACCACCAGACCUUCCAGACCUGCUGGUGUUACUCCGCCAAGGGUCAAAGUGUUGGGACCGGAGUCACUACAGGUCACAUGGUCUCCACCUUUAAUUCCCAACGGUGAGAUCGAAGGUUACGAAAUCCGUCUCCCAGUGCCUCGCAUCUUCCACAACGGCGGCAAUACGUCUGAGCUUGUCGUGACAAUAGCGGACUUAAUUCCUUACACAAACUACAGCGUCAGUGUGCUGGUGUGUUCCAAUGGGGGUGGAUAUGUUGGCGGAUGCACAGAAAGUCUGCCCUCUCCGGCUACCACAUUAGCCACCAGCCCCCAAGGCCUCGCACCGCUGUCAGUGGUGGCCGUCAGUGAGUCCUUCCUUGCGGUCUCUUGGCAACCUCCACACAGACCUAAUGGACCAAACAUCAGAUAUGAGUUGCUGCGACGUAAAAGCCACCAGCCUCUGGCCGUCAGUGUGGUCCCCAUGGUAACAGCCCCAUCCCAUAACCCUUCCCAAGAUCUCCAUCGCUGGUUCCAUGUUUACUCCGGCACCAAAUUGUUCUACCAAGAUAAAGGCCUAAGCAGAUUUACCCAGUACCAAUAUCAGUUAGUGGUAUGGAAUGAUGCGGGCUUCACUUCAGGAGAAAUUGUUACUGCGGUUACCAUGGCUGGGAUUCCUCUCCAAAGUCCAACUCUAUUUGCAUACGCUGUCAAUCACACAGCGCUUCACGCCAACUGGACACCACCCUCGUUGCACAACCUGCAGGGUGACGUGGAGUCCUACUUUCUUUCAGUCAUCUCUGCCAACUCCAGACAAACCUUUGUGUUUCCCCCAGAAAUCCUCUCCGCAGUUGUGACUGACCUUUGGCCCAGGACCACCUACACAGUGUCAAUACACGUGUCUAAUGGUGCACAUAAUACAACCAAGUCGCUAGUUAAUGUCACCACAGAGGAUGGAGAGCCAGAUGGGAUGUCUGCCCCAGAGGUGGUUCCGGUUAACGGCAGUGCUGUUCGCGUGCUCUGGUCGCCUCCUUUCCAACCCAAUGGAGUCAUUACUGCUUAUCGAGUUUACGUUGACGACCGCCUACAUGUCGGCGUAGACAACAGCUCGGGGUCUUACCUGCUGGGCAAUCUGAUGCCUUUUACUGUUUACAACAUUCAGGUGGAGGUGUGCACUGUUUAUGCGUGCUUGAGGAGUAAUGUUACUCAGACAACCACCGUGGAGGACUUACCCGCCGACAUGACCACACCGCACGCUCAAGUACUCAGUCCGAGGGUUGUCAAAUUGGAUUGGUCACCUCCGGGCCGACCGAAUGGCAUCAUACUCGGCUACGAUGUCUUAAAACGGACCUUGGGGUCAUGUGGCUCUAGGUCAGCGGAGGUCACGCCCUAUGUGAGGAAAGAGUCAGGAGAUUCAGAUGGCGUGAUUUUCAGAUGCUCCUACUUGCAGUGUCCUGCUACUCAUCAUGUGUGUGGCACAUCUUGCUUCCACCCUGACCAACAGGUUUGCUGCACUGGAAUGUUAUACGAGAAGAUGCCACAUCAUUACUGUUGUGCCGGGCACUAUCUGAGCUUUACUAAUUCUACCAAUCCAGUUUGCUGUGAUGGCAAACUGUUGCCAACUCUGCCUCACCAUCACUGCUGUGGGGGAUACUAUGUUCACCUGAAAGCUAAUGAAUACUGCUGCCCCGACCACUCGCAGGGCCGUGUCUCAGUGGGGCCUGGGGACAGCUGCUGUGGGGGCGCUCCUUACGCCACCAAAGGCGGACAGCUGUGCUGCAGUGGGAGCCUCCACGAUGGUUACAGAGUCCAGUGUUGCGGAGGCCACAUUGUAGAUGAUGCACUCGUCUGCUGUGGUGGUGCUGAAGAAGGACAAGCGCAUGCGUACAUUCCAGGUUUUUCCUGCUGUGCUCAAGAGUAUAUCAAUUCUUCUACAUCUCUUUGCUGCAUGGACAGUGAUGGAAUUCCAACAAUACAUCCAUCGGGCAAUAGUACUGUCAGACUGAAGUGUUGUGGGUCAAAGGUUGUGCUUCAAGAGCAAGAGUGCUGCAAUGGAAUUGGUUUUGACUCGCAACGACAUGUGUGUGCCAGCAGGCCCACGCCGGGCCUUUUGAUGGAGAGUGAGUGUUUCCAGGGUGCCCUGUGUCCAGUGUCAGCAUCCUCCACAGCAUACUGUGGUUCCUGUGACAUUGACCCAUCUACGACCGCCUGCACAUGGGUCAUGUCUGCACAUCCUGACACUCCCUCCGCUUCAUACUCGCCUACAAUGGAUGCCACAUCUGAGGCACUCAUCACAGGAUCCCCCACACACGCAAACAUCAGUCAUCUAAAUAAUGUCAUUUCGGUGAAUGAGCCGAGUUUGUGCAUGUCGCAUGAAGAGGUCGUGUACAGUGGGGAUGCCCAAAGAUGCACCUAUACAGAUUCAGACUUGGAGCCCUUCACCACCUACGAGUACAGAGUGAGGGGCUGGAACAGUUUUGGCCGAUGCUCCAGCAAUGUGAUCACAGUGACCACCGCUGAAGACAAACCAUGGGGAGUGCCCCCACCUCGGUGGAGACCCCUGAAUGAGCGGAGGGAUGUCAUCCAGUGGCGUUGGCAAGCACCUGCUAGACCUAACGGAGUCAUAACCCACUAUGUGAUACUACGUGAUGGACAAGAGCGUUACCGCGGCGAUGAGAACAGCUUCACAGAUGUGGGUGGGAUCAGACCUUUCCAGGAAUUUAGUUACCAACUGAGGGCUUGCAACAGGGCCGGGUGCACUGAUAGUGCAAAGAUGGUGGCAGUAACAGUUCAAGGAGUCCCAGAGGGGGUGCAGUCUCCAGUGGUAAGAGCUUUGAGCCCCUCCUCUCUUCACUUGAGCUGGGUCCGACCCACGAGUCUCAAUGGAAGAGUGCAGCAGUAUCACCUGAACCAAACCGGUCUUGGCACCACCAUAUUUACACACACAGAAGCACCCGGAAAUUUUACACUGACUGGUUUGCAUCCAUUCACAGACUACACUUUUGUGCUGGUGGCCUGCACAGCUGUGGGAUGUGGCACCAGUUCACCUUCCACAGGACGCACCCUGCAAGCCUCCCCCACUGGUGUGUGGUCGAGGCCCAGACACAUGAUCGUCAACGCAUCUGUAGUGGAACUGUUCUGGGAUCCGCCCGUCAGACCCAACGGACUGGUCACCCGGUACAGACUGCGCAGAGGCGGUCACAUCAUUUUUACCGGGGACUACCGUGAUCAGAAUUAUACCGACGUUGGCCUCCUGCCAAACCGCAGAUAUGUUUAUGAACUGGAGGCCAUCACAGGCGGCGGCUCUGGUUUGAGUGACAAAUAUGUUAUAAGAACACCAUACUCAUGCCCCACUGGGAUCCCAGCCCCACACAACGUGACAGUCACCGGCCCCCACUCCAUCUCCUUGGCCUGGGACCCUCCUGCCUAUUUCAACAAUAGCCAGCCCGUCAAUUAUAACAUCUUGUUGAAUCCCGGACGUGAAGGUGCCACAAUCCAUGCUACAGGCCAAAAGCAGAACCUCGAUGUUAAAGGACUUCAACCAUUCACUGCUUACGAUGUCCGUGUGCAGGCUUGUCAAGAUGGGGGUUGCGGCGUCGGAGAAGCUGCGCAUGUUUGCACUUUUGAAGCUUCACCUCAACAUCUAUCACCGCCCUCGGUUAACGCAGCUGGUUCGAGUUUCCUGGAGAUCCGUUGGUCUCCCCCACAAAAGCCCAAUGGCAUCAUCACGUCCUACCAUAUAUACAGGUCCCCAAUGGAAACGGAGGAGGAACUGCUGGUUUUCAUCUGGUCUAGUGGACCACUAGAGUUUUUCGACGCCAGCCCCUCCUUGCAGCCGUUCACCUACUACCAGUACAGACUUUGUGCCUACAAUUCUAAAGGCUCGGUUCAAAGCCAAAGCACGUCAGCUCGGACCCUGUCAGCACGGCCAAGAAAUAUGACCACCCCUGCUGCCACACCCACUGGUGCAUACUCGAUCCACCUGAAAUGGAGUGAGCCACAACAGCCCAACGGUAUCAUUUCUCACUAUAAACUACUUUACAAGAAGCACCAGCCCGACCCGACAUUCAACUCACCUGCCGCACUUGCACUUACUGUAGAGGGUUUAGUCCUCGAAGCAACCGUUUUUGGCCUUGAGCCCGACAGUGAAUAUAGUCUACAAGUGGAAGCUGUAAAUGAAGCAGGCAGUGUGUCAAGUCAAUGGGUUGGCGCGAGGACCCUGGAGGCUUCUCCUGCUGGACUGGCUAACUUCAGUGUGGAGCAGAAAGAGCAGGGCAGGUCAUUGCUGCUCAACUGGGAUCCACCAAGUUCUCCAAAUGGAGUCAUCACGAUGUACAAUUUGUACAGCGAGGACAACCUGGAGUUCAGCGGGCUUUCACGCAGCUUCCUGUUUCGCCGCUUGGAGCCUUGGACGACGUACACUCUGACUCUCGAAGCUUGCACGUCAGCCGGGUGCACACGUAGCCCACCUCAGCAUGUCACCACUGCUGCAGCUCCACCCGCCUCACAGCCCCCGCCUGCGCCCCUUUCUGUGGGUUCAGACCACGUGUGGCUCACCUGGGAAGGUCCCGCUCAGCCCAAUGGGCCCAUCUACGAGUACCACCUACUGGGAAGAAAUGCCGAUCAGGUGGGGAGGGGGAGAAGCAGAGAAGAGGAUGCUAAGAGAGAAAAAGUGCUGUUCCGAGAAUCAUCCCCACAAGAAAACGACACUUUCUCCUUCACAGUGACCGGGUUGCGUCCUUGGACUCGGUACGAGUUCGCCGUACGUACUCACAACCCCGCUGGCCACACUCAGAGUUCCUGGAUAACGGUAACGACCAGGCAGGCCCCGCCUCGCGGCCUUGCCCCGCCGACCGUGAGUCACCUUCAGGGCCGACCCAGUGAAUUGGUGGUGUCAUGGGUGCCUCCUCUGGAACCCAACGGCGUGCUCCAGUCUUACAGGAUCCAGAGGAAUAAUAUCAGCUUCUCCUUUAGUUUUGACCCAACCGUGCUCAGCUACACCGACGAGGAUCUUCUUCCUUUUGCGAGAUAUAGUUAUUCAAUCACAGCGUGCACAUCUGAGGGCUGCAUCACAAGCCCUCCCACCAACAUUACAACCUUAGAGGCUCCCCCCACAACAGUGGAGGCUCCCACAGUGAACUCCAUUACAUCCAGCAGUAUGGACAUUUCCUGGACUCCACCACCCACCCAGAAUGGGGAGGUAACCGAAUAUGUACUCGAGGUGAACAAUGAAGAGGCUUAUCGAGGUAGAGAACUGAAGACCAUGCUGGUAGAUCUUCAUCCUCACACGUCCUACCAGCUUGUACUGCUGGCAUGUACCAGCGGUGGAUGCGCCGCCAGUCCAAAAACAUCCACAGUGACGGAGGAGGCUCCUCCUUUGGACAUGCACAUCCCCACUCUAAAGGUCACCGGUCCCGAGUCAGUAGAAGUAAGCUGGGCACCACCACAGAAUCCCAAUGGCAUCAUCACAGGCUACGAACUCCGCAGAGAUGGCCAAGUAAUCUACGUGGGCCCGGAGACUCAUUACCACGACUUCACUCUUGUGCCCAAUGUGGAGUACAGCUACUUUGUCAGGGCCAACAAUAGCCGAGGAGCUGUGAGUAGCGCUGAAGCCUCAGCCCAGACUCACCCAGCUGCCCCUUCGGGUGUCGGGCCCCCCUUGCUGUCACCUCUGGGGCCCAAUCAGGUGAAAGUGGAGUGGAAUAUUCCCGCCCGUCCUAAUGGAGAUAUUAUUAGUUACACGAUAUAUCACAGGGAGCCCAUCCUGCUCGGUGGGAAUAACACCGUGUACACUCCAAAGGACGACGUCUUCUCCAAGAGACACACCACUCUGCAGGGGCUCGCUCCCUACCGCAGGUAUGAGGUGAGGGUGGAGGCAUGCACGGAGCUGGGCUGCUCCUCCAGCGACUGGGCGUCCAUUCUCACGCCAGAGGCUCCCCCCACCGGACAGACGGCGCCACUGUUAGACCUGCAAGCUGACCCCCACACUGGCCUCCAGACCACCUUCCUGCUUACCUGGUCCCCUCCAGCUCAACCAAAUGGGAGGAGCCCAGGUUACGAGGUGUACCGCAGACUGGAGCUCACCGCCGAUAGCCGUGGAAAUGACGUGGCGACUCUUGUCUACAAUUCUUCAUCCACAAGCUGCAAGGAUGAGGGGCUCCUGCCAUUUACUGCUUAUGAGUACCAGCUGUGGGCAGUGAACUCGGCCGGCCGUUCAUCUAGUCCGUGGGUCAGCGGGAGAACCGGCCCCGCCCCGCCCGAGGGGGUCGCUCCGCCUAGUUUACGACACGUCUCGGCAACCACGGCCGUGGUGGAAAUGCGUCCUCCGGCCCGGCCCAAUGGUGUCGUCAGCCUUUACCGUGUGUUCUCGCUGGACCGUAACGACCACGUCACUCUGCUCUCAGAGGGAACAUCCCAUCAACAUACACUUCAUGGUUUACUGCCUUACACGCAGUACAGGGUCGGAGUGGAGGCCUGCACCUGUUAUCAGUGCUGUAGCCAGGGACCUGUGGUUGAGCUGCGCACCCUGGCCGCACCCCCAGCUCGCCAACCACCUCCCCGUCCCGUCACACUGACCUCACGCUCUGCUCAACUUGCCUGGUUUGAGCCUCUGGAACCCAACGGAAUCAUCGAGAGCUGUGAGCUUCAUCGUAGAACAGCCUGCCCGCAACCCCCCCAGCCUGUGAGCCAACCUUGUGUCACUGGCCCAGCAGACAUCACGUUCUUUGGCAAGAGGCGGAGCUACAAUGUGACAGGUCUUCAGCCAUAUUCUGCCUAUGAGCUUCGAGUAGCCUGCUUUAACAACAUGGGCAGCACCGCCUCCAACUGGACCACCGUCGUUACCCUCAGUGAAGCUCCUCAGUAUGUGUCGCCGCUGUCGGUGGGCAGCAACCUGACGGUCAUUUGGCUUGACUGGACCGGCUCCUUCUCCCUGAACGACUACCUGAGGCAGUAUACGGUGACGGAGAGCCAGCUCAGGAUCUACAGCGGCUUCCACAGCUAUCUUCAUGUUCCACGCAAGUCAGAGAAAACGCUGUCAUUUCAGGUGACUUGUACCACAGACAGUGGCAGUGCCACCACUCCCACUGUCAGAUACAGCCCCGCUUCAGGCCUGGGUCCUGUUGAUCCAGAGGACGCAAGUAAAGAGGGAGCAAGCAUGCCAGCAGCUCCAGUCUAUUCUGAGCUGUGGUUCAUUUUGCUUUUGGCGCUGCUAGGGCUCUUUGUGCUGGCCAUCCUGUCGGGCCUUCUGCUGCAAAGAGCUCUGAGGAAGAAUCCAUCAGCCAGAGAUCGCCCUCCUCUGGUCAUGCUUCAGAAGAGCAGGAAGGCGGGAGGAGAGACAUACACGUUUGACACUGUAGCAGACUGUGUUGAGAUCAACAACGUAACACUUAAAAGCUACACUGUGUAUACUGAGGGCCUGUCCGACACCAAGAUAGUGGGCGGUGGCUCGGCAUUCAACCCCAUGUCCGUCCUGAGGGUCCCCAGGCAAUCGGACCUGAGCCAGGCCUACUCCCAUCAUCCCUUGCACCACAGCCUGAGCCAGCUGAUUGACAGGAAAGCUCUGGUGACGGAAGAGGGCUGCUGGGACAACCCUCUGGGACCGGCACUGUACAUGGAGGAAGACUUUGCGGAUACCAUCAAGUCUUUAAGUUGUGUGAGAAAGGAGCGUUCCACUUUCACUGACACUCAUCUUUAAGGACACUGCGCCCAAUCAGGUAUCAUUCAUUCAUGGUUGAAAAGAAUACACAACAAAACAGCUCUAAUUUAGCCUCACAUUUUUAUGUGUAGUUUUAGUUGAUUUUCUUGUUGUUAGCUGCUUCUUCAAGUUACUGUGCCUCAUUUAAAGACUCACCAGUCGCCCCGUAGAUGACUUCUAAGGCCUUGUUUUUAUGUUACUUUUUAAAUGCCAACUAUUUCUGAGAUGAACUGCUGUUUUCAUUUAACUACAGUGAGGUCAUUUUGAUUGUGCACAGGUUUCGUGCGAGUUUAGCCUUUAGUGGAGCAUACGGUGCAGUUAGAACUUAGCUGUGGUGCUUGUUAUACGGUGUAUGUGAGACUCCAGUAUUUAUUAGAUGACUUUUUGUUCUGGACAAACCUGAAGCCUAAUGUAUUAUGACAUUGUUUUUUAUUUUGUUACUGUGGCAGUAUUAUUUAUGUUUGCUGUAAAUUAAUAAUGUGUAGAUGAAGGCAAAUAUAAGCGAUG